CUUUAAAAGGGGAAUCUCACAGCGACGGAGUUCUCUUGGCAAACUGCAUCUUAACAGCUGCUAAUGGAUUUCAGUUCCCUUCUCAACUCCUUCAUUCCUUCUUGGAAUUCUGUUGGUUUAUUACUGGGAUUCUUCAGUUACUUGGGGAUUGCUGGAUCUAUUUUACCUGGAAAACUUGUUCCUGGAGCGAGUUUAGCUGAUGGAACUAGACUCCAUUAUCGCUGCAAUGGGUUGCUAUCACUUCUUUUGCUGGUUGGACUACUAGUGAUUGGAGCUUGGAUGGAUUAUGUAUCACCCACUGCAAUAUCUGAUCGGGGGUGUGAGCUUCUAUCAACAACUUUUAUCUUCAGUGUUGUUGCCACGUUGUUACUUUAUGUGGCUGGCUGCAAAUCCAGUGACCGAAGUUCUUCUCUCAAACCCCACAUUACUGGAAACAUAAUUGAUGACUGGUGGUUUGGGAUACAGCUAAAUCCUAACUUCAUGGGCGUUGACCUCAAAUUUUUCUUCGUCAGAGCUGGAAUGAUGGGAUGGUUGCUCAUCAAUCUUUCAGUGCUUGCAAAAUCUUUCCAAGAUGCCAACUUGAGCCAUUCAAUGAUCCUCUACCAGCUAUUUUGUGUGAUCUACAUUAUGGACUACUUCUUUUAUGAGGAAUACAUGACAUCUACAUGGGAUAUAAUUGCAGAGAGAUUGGGCUUCAUGCUAGUAUUUGGAGAUCUAGUCUGGAUCCCCUUCACGUUUAGCAUUCAGGGUUGGUGGCUUCUGAAUAACAAGGUGGACCUUACAAUUGCCGCAGUUAUUGCAAAUUGCUGUGUGUUUGUGAUUGGGUAUGUGGUCUUCAGAGGAGCUAACAAGCAAAAGCAUGAUUUUAAGAAGAAUCCCAAAGCACUAAUAUGGGGUAGGCCCCCAAAUGUCAUUGGGGGGAAAUUGCUGGUUUCUGGCUAUUGGGGAAUAGCAAGGCACUGUAAUUAUCUUGGAGAUCUGUUAUUGGCAUUAUCCUUCAGCUUACCCUGUGGAAUGAGUUCUCCGGUUCCAUACUUCUACCCGAUAUAUCUUCUGAUUCUGUUGAUAUGGCGAGAGAGAAGAGACGAAGCUCGAUGUGCAGAGAAGUACAAAGAUGUGUGGGAGAAAUACCGCAGGGCUGUCCCCUGGAGGAUUCUGCCGUACAUUUACUAGUGAGCGAGCGAGCGAGUCUUUCAGGUUUUUGAAAUUUUAGAAUUAAAUUUGGGUCUAAAUGAGCACAGCCAUUUUCAUUUUAUGAUGGUGUAUUAGAAGAAUGAGUUUGGGGCUUGGUGUUUGGUGCAACAAUUGAGGCUUUUUCUCAUUUUUUGUGUGUGUAUGUUUUGUUGAUUUCAAUGGCCAAGAGAAUCUACAGUAUCUUCAACAAUUAUGC